AUGUCCAAAGCUGCUCCGGCCAAAAAGGUGGCUGCAGCCCCGCCUCCGGGAUGCACCCUGGAUGUCAAUGAUCUCCAGGUCCAGAAAGGGGCCAUUCACAUCCAAGCCUCAUACUGGGGCCACAGGUCGCGGAAGGAGCUGCGCGAGAACGGGCCGCCACGAGUGCUGGAGCCGCUGAAGGACGUGGUGCUGAUCGAGGGCAGCGCAGCCAAGCUGACUUGCCGCAUUUCGGCUUUCCCGGACCCAUUCAUCCGCUAGAGAGAGGACGGCAAAGAGCUGCGCGACCGGCCCAAGUAUCGUUACAUCUUCGAGGACCCUGACGUCCUCGCACUGCUGGUGCGCGAUGGCGAGCUGGCAGACCUGGGCCAGUACAGCAUCAACGUAACCAACCUCUUCGGCUAGGGCUCCGACUCGGCGCGCAUCCUCGUGGAAGGAAUGCGCGCCCCGGAUGCAACUCAAAAGGGACCGGAUAACACUAAGGCGCGCAAAGGCACCACGGUGAGGCUGACCGCGGAGAUCUUGGGCGAGCCUGCGCCCGACGUGGUCUCGACCAAGGACGGGGAGGACAGCGAGGAGGACGACAGGCGAGGGCGGGAUGUUGGCAGUACCACCACGACCCUGACCAUUCGUCCGGCCACGCCCGAGGACAGCGGCAAAUAUGAGGUGUACGUGGAGAACAGCCUGGGCACGGACCACAGCUUCGCUAGCGUGGACAUGGCCUGAAAGGGACCCUCAGACCUUUCGCCGUGGCUCCCAGCCUGGGCGUAGACGGGACCGACAACCCUCCUUAAUAAAAUCUUGCUUAAUAAAACUGCGCUCUCUGACCCUCUGCGUCUAUUCUGUUCCUUUGCGACGCCAUUUCCUCUCCCCCGCACCCACACUCACACUUAUUCCAGACCCACACACCAAGGUCACAGUGUUGGGAUCAAAAUGUUUGCAGAGUGGCUAGUCUAGUGCUUCAUUUUACAGACAGUAAAUCUGAGAUAGGCAUUCGGUCACGGUCGGAAGCUCCUUCUCCUACCAGCGGGACCCGCAGAAGAGUCUACGA